UGUCCGGCGUUUACGAUCCGCCUACAUCGGUCUGUACAGUCGCUUGUCAGACCCCAGCCGCCAAGAUGGUGAAGCAGAUCGAGAGCAAGUAUGCUUUUCAGGAAGCCUUGAACAGUGCAGGGGAAAAACUUGUAGUAGUUGAUUUCUCUGCCACGUGGUGUGGACCUUGCAAAAUGAUCAAGCCCUUCUUUCAUUCCCUCUCUGAGAAGUAUUCCAACGUGGUGUUCCUUGAAGUAGACGUGGAUGACUGUCAGGAUGUUGCUUCAGAGUGUGAAGUCAAAUGCAUGCCAACCUUCCAGUUUUUUAAAAAGGGACAGAAGGUGGGUGAAUUUUCUGGAGCUAAUAAGGAAAAACUUGAAGCUACCAUCAAUGAAUUAAUCUAAUUAUGUUUUCUGAAAACAUAACCAGCCAUUGGCUCUUGAAAACUUGUAAUUUUUUUUAUUUACAAAAAAAGGAAAGAUCAAGUGUGAAGACUAUAUACCCAACUGCCAUCUGAUUAUAAGUGACAAUAAAAUAUUAAUUCUACCCUUUU